CAGUAAGUGACAUUCUUGAGGAGAAAGCCUACCAAAGAAGAAGAAAAUGGAUCCAGGAAGUGAAAGCUAGCCGUCUGUCUUGUGUAAUAUGUCUAGUUUUCAUGUUUCGCGACGAUAAAUAUUUCAUUAUAUUAGGUAGAUUUAGAUUAUAGGAAGAAAUGCCUCUGCUAAUACAAAAUAGAAGAAUCGAACGACCAGGUUCGACAGUCGAUUUGUUCGCCAGAUAUCCGCAUUUACAGGUAAGUUGACUAGUUAGCCAAGCAAGCUAGCAGCUGUCAUAUCGUAAGCAAGUCGUCCUUGGUGGAAUUAAUCACCAUUAAGUAAAAUAGCACUUGCUUUUCAUGCAAUAUUGACUUGACGUUUUACUCCAUUCUUAUUUUAUACCAUAGGAAAACGCCCGAGUAUUUAGGUCCAAGACGAUUGUAGAUGUCGACCCAAAGUGCCUCCUAUACAUACAGCAAAGAGAGUUUGCAGCCACAACACCAGCGGACAGUGAGUAUAAACCUAUAGUUAAAUCAAUAUGUCAGCCUAGCUUAACAUAGUAUAUUGUUGCGUCCAUAGGCUACCUCUACACUGAUAAAUUGUAGUAAAAAAUCCCCGGCACAGUAUCCAGGACCAUGACGAAAUAUGUCCCUCUGUUUCUCCAGACUCUGUCGCUGUCCUUGGUUCUGAUGAUGCAACCACCUGCCACCUAGUUCUGGUGCGACACACAGGUGCUACAGUUCUCUAUUUAAUGUAUGUUUGUAGAUACUAUGGUAGCAUCACAAUAUGAGCUUCAUAAUGUCUGCAUUUGUACCAUCUUGUAGGAAGCGGAGCUGCUUGCCUUGCUCACUGUGAUGGCUCCAGCACGUGGAGUGAGGUUCCCCUCAUCGUCAAAGCUGUCACAUCUCUGAGCAAGGACCCUGCCAAGGAGGGCAGGUAAGAGAUAACACACACAUACACACACACACACACGUAAUUGGCCCCUUGCUUCUUUUCCUUCAGGCUGGAGCUCCACCUUGUUGGAGGAUUUGAUGAUGAGUCAAAGACGUCCCACAAACUCAGCCUUAGCCUAUUGUGUACGUAAAGCUCCUUCUCUUCCCUCCAGUUUGAAUGCAACUGUCAAAGUAGCAACACCAUUAUCAGGCUGCAUAGGGAAACUACAACCCUUCUAUUGUGUUUUGCAGCGGCCUUCCAGAGACAGAAAGAGGAUAUUCACCUAGAGACCUGCUGCAUCACAGGUACAUGUUUACACUAUUGUCUGAUUAUUAGACUGUUAUAUUCUCUCUCAGCCUGUGUGUUUCUUUAUACUACCCAGAGCCAUAUAUGUAGAGAGUUUGGCCAGGUUUUAGAACGGCUGCCAUGUUAGCGCCUUUAUUCUCUAUAUGUUGGUGCCUCUGACAAUUCCCUCUGAAAUGACCCGCUGUAAACAAGCAAAACAGAGCAGCGAAUUUAACAGACGUUUUUAUUGAUUCGCAUUCGGGGUCAUGUGUAUCCAAGUCUAUACUGUGUUGUGGUGUCAACAAAUUGCAUAUCUGCUUUCAGUGGACAUCUUCAUAGGUUUUGAAAACAAUCCGAAAUAAACAGCACAACGCGGAAGCGUCAAUUAUCUCUUCGCAAAGGCUAUGGAGGAGAAAGUGGGGCUCUCGGAACAUUCAGACAGAAACCACAUUGGCCCAACUCUAUAUAUCUGACUCCGCCCCUACCUAUCUCAAGACUCUUUCUCUUCUUUCCGCUUGCAGAGAUGAAUGACAGCUUAGUGGACGGAGCGCACAGACCGGUGGUGUAUGGAAUAGGUACUAUACUGUAUCUACACUGCAAAUCACAUCACCUCUGUGUCGAACACAGUUUAUAGUAUGGCAUUGACUGUGUGUUGUGACUGUGUGUCUGCAGGUAUAAAUAUGAAAACAGGGGAGGUGUUCCCUGCCUCGUUCCCUUACAAAGGACCCGCGGAGGAGCUGCGAUCUGCACGGACCUUCACUGGGGGCCAGGUAGAGACUUGCGCAUAGAUAUAGAACCUUAAAUAGGCUGAUGUCAUAGAGCCACUAUGCAUCAGAUUGGCAAAAUCUGUCAGCAAUUUUAGCUGGGGCCUGCUCUAAUUGGACCAACAAGUAGAACUAGAAUUCCUGUCUACUGAUAUAUUGUCUAUGCUCUUGCACUUAAUCUCUGACACUACAUGAAGGAUUGAUAUAAAGAAAGAUCAAAGAUGACACAUUGAAUGGCUUGUGGAGUGUCUGGAUAGAACCCAUACGUGACUUGCUAACUACAUUUCAUCAGACAGUCAUAUAAGAUUGUAAUUAUAUCUCCACAGAUGGCUGAUAUAUAUGACUCGAGCAAAGGAGAAGUGAAGAUAGGCCCAUGUAAGUGGUCCCCGAAUCUGGAUAUUUCCUUCUGGCUGUCGCAAGACGAUGACACCAUCUUAAAGGUAAGGUGUAAGGAAAUAAUACAUUACUAAUAUUGAUCCCAUAAUCACUAGAACUUUAGUUAUAUGUCCCUUUAAAACCUUAUUGACAACCUCUAGUGUGUUAUAGUCCCUGUUUCUGUCAACACUUAUACAAUGAAUGUUGCAUAGUAUGUUAUCAGUAUACACACUGUGAUAUGUUACUCCCCCUGUUUUUUUCCCCGACCAGUACCUAUCCACGUCCCCUAUGGCUGAGCCUCCGCACUUUGUCCAGCACAUCAAGUCCACCAUCCAGUUCCUCCUGGAGCACCCCAGUUCAGAUAGCGUCUUCCCUGGAGGACAGCCCCAGCAGUACCGCAGGACAGAGCAAGGGGACUGGGAGAACGUUAACCAGACAUAAAAGGCUUGAGUCUCUUCUCCAACGCACUUUACUUUGACUUUCCAUGGAAUCUGCCCGGAAAUGAAAUCACUCCUUAACUUCUGGAAGACAAGACACUGUGACCCUCCUCCUUAUGCCAUUGUGGGCGGCACAUCUGUUAUUGUUAUUGUUUGUUUGACUCGGUACCGGUACCACUUGUAUAUAGCCUUGUUAUUGUUAUUUUAUUGUUGCUCUUUUAUUUUUUACUUUAUUUCGUAAAUAUUUUUCUUAACUCUUAUUUUUCUUUAAACUGCAUUGUUUGUUAAGGGCU